CCGCAGGCUGCCGCGCUCGCCGGCAACACGACGCUUGAACGCGACUCGACACCAACAUACGUCGCUGCCGACUCCUUCGUCCAUCUCCACGUUCGUUACCUGACGUCGCCAACUCAAAGUCACUGUUUCUCGCCAGCUGCUCUUGCCCGUCCUGUCUUCGCCCACCCGCUGCCUCGCCUCAGUUCGCCAUUCCUCAAGGGACCUUUGACGUGCGCACGGCGUCGUCGGCUUACAGCCCACGCGCCGGCGAUUCACGCGUCAGAGGGGUGUUUCUCAAGCAGUCGAGGGUAGUGUGAACACAGUGGGGACAGCAGUUCACGAGCAGGCACCACGCCUGUCUUGCAAGCCAGUAUCAUCUCAGCGUCCAUCGACACCAGAGUCAGGGCUGCUCUUCGCCCACAACGCGUCCAAAGCCCGGGUGGGAGGGUUUCCCUUGCUUUCGCAUUACUGCAAGGGGGAUCUUUUUUGUGAGUCAUCUCUCGCACAAUGGUUCGCUAUCUUGUCCCCAAGAAAGGUGUUCCUGUGCUCGCGAGCGCAAGAGUGGACGGUGCUGCACAAUCAUGCUGUGUUUUAGUUGCAAAGUACUGCGAUGCACCAUUGCAGAUCAGCUUCUAUCUCCAAUACACUAAUUUCAUUCAUGGCUUUGAUGAUCCGCAGACCUUCACCUUGAUUUAUGAUGCUGAUAACCUAAUACGCGACGCAACAACGCUGAAGACUGCGACCACGCUUCUCCCGCACCACCAGCUGGCCUUGAUUGCGCGCGCCGGAAACCCACAAAUCAGAGUCUUAACUCUCACACUCGCGAAGCCCUGCAGAAUCCGGUGUCCUCCUUCGGCUAGUACUGGUACCCUGGCGGCGAAGAGUGGCUUCGAAGCUCCUUUCCACCAGCUGGUCAAGCUCGCCGAAGCGACAGAGAUACAUAUCCUGCUCGACUACAAUUGGGUACAUGCAGACAACCGUGAACCGCUCGAGCGCUUUUUCAGGCAACCGAACUUGUUCACCGGCUUUCCAGACGGCAAUGACAGAUUCAGAUAUGUAGAUUGGACGGAUUUCAAUACCAUUGAAGAACAAGAUGCGCCUCCGCCUUCGUACGCAAAGGCCGUGGACGCUGAUGCAUCGCGAAAGCGGUCCAGGCAUGCCGCCACACGCUCCUUGUCUACGUCUCCGGCUUCGAAACGUCACCAGUACGACCCCGGCUCGCCGACCGAAAUCGCAACUGCGACGCCCAGCCCUCGUCCCUCUCACAUAUCCGCCACUGCCGCGCUUGCAUUGCAGGACGCGAUAAGCAGGGCGGUCGAGGCCCAGCUUCCUGCACUGCUAGCCAAGCAACACCUCACGACUAUUUUCGAUGAGGCAAACGACCAGGCCUACAGCCUCCGGAAUCAAGCUGACGGUGACUUUGAAGAAGUCAUUGCCGACCACAAAAUCAACGUCGAUACUAUCAAGGAGGAUUGCAUCCGUGAAUUGGGCGAAGUGGUUGACGACAAACUAUACAAGUUCAAGGAGCAGACGGACGACAUCGUCGCAACUGCCGUGGAUGAGAUGGAGAACAAAAGCAGUGAGCUGGGUGAGGGAAUGUACGAUGGGCUGGAAACCUUUCUCAACGUGGCUUCCACUACCCUCAAACAGGUUCGGAAAGGUCAAUAUUCCGGAACACGGCGUGUCGAACAGUUGAAGCCAGAUACAACCACCAUAUAG